UUGUUGUUUGUUUGGUUUUUUUUUUAGUUUCAGAUUAUAGCAGAACCUAUUCCAGAAAAUCUAUACAUGCCAAUUAGUUGUACCUUCUAACUUUUUUUUUUCCUCAAAUAAUGCAUUAUGUAAGAAUUUGUUUGGCUUAUGAAACUGAUUACUUAAGCUAUAAUAAGGCCUUCAACUGAAAUUUGUGCUGUUGUUGAUGUGUGUUGUCAGCGUUUGUCACACAAGUGCAGAAGAAACUUUUGAUACUUGAACUAGAUGAAGCUGGCUGCCUGUGUUUGCCCAGCCCAAGACUAUGCCCCCUUCCUGCUAAAUUGUUCUCACUGGUCUCUCCCGUGGCUUCUGGGUGGUCACCUUUGGCAUGCUUUGCUGGUGUAAUGUCGCACUUCUGAUAGCUUCCUCUCCUGCCAGUGUUUUGCAAAAUUGCUUUCUACAGCAUCUCCUGGCAGGCGGCCGAGCGUGUGGUUGCCCUUUCCCCGUUCCACUGUAGCUGCCAACCACAGAGACCAGGAUGGCUCCAAGGCUGCGUGAGGGGAGACGGGCUGAGCAGCUUGCGGCCCUGCAGAGAUCUGAUGGGUUUGUAGACCUUUUCAAGCUUAGAACUGGAGAGGCUGGGGUCCUCGGCUGCCAAUUAGGAUGGUGUCAGGAAUCCUUCAGGGAUGGAGACACAAUGGAGAGGCCUUCCUUGGAAAUUAACCUGCCCGAUACUCAUGAAGAAGGAAAACUUUAUGUGGUUGAUUCUUUAAACAACCUAAACAAACUAAAUGUUUGUCCAGAUGUAUCCCAACGUGUGCUAGGUAAAUAUACAGGGUUCUGUGGAAUCGUAUAUGUUCUGUGGAAUAAUCACAUGCAUGCUGCUCCCUACAUUUCAGCAGUAAAUAAAGAUGAAGAAGAGAACACUGGUGGUACUGGAGAAAACACGGCAGGGAGCAACAUAAGAAACCAGUGUUUGUUCUUCGUCACCUUUAUUCUUACUUUGAUCGUCAGUUUGGCACUUGUUUCAUUCGUAAUAUUCUUAAUAAUUCAAACUAGAAACAAGAUGGACCAAAUAUCAAGCAGACUAAUAUCUGAGAAGAAGAACAUAGAAGAGCUUAAGAAAAUGAACAAUAUGAUAUUGAAGCAUCUAAAUCAAUCAGGAAUUAAGGAAAAGGGGAGAUACCUCUUCACACAGUCUCCCGAUCUUCACGAUUACCUCUUUACCCAUGCUGAGCUGAAAGUCCCUGGAGAAUAGAUCUUCUUUGGAAUGAAAUUCAGCGUAUUCAUGUACUGAGAUAUAUUCACAUAUGGCACACAGGUUACUUAAACAUUCUGAUAUGGUCACAGGAGCAUUGGAAAAGCCAGCUGAAUGAAAAAUAUUAGAAAAUAAUGUUUUAUGUGAAUAUAGAUUUUGAAAACUAAGCCCAUAUAAUUUACAAUAAACAAGGGACUGUCAACAAUUUUUGGCAAGAGUUCCAGAUUCUCUGUGCAUUGUAAAUUGCAGGGCUAAGGGCUUAGUUUUACUUUAAAUGUAAGUGAAUGAUCACAGAAAAUAGUGAUUUCUAUUUACAUGAUUCCAGCAUGACCUUGUUCACUUAGUCAUUCUCCUGUUUCUUUGGAACAAGUUUUGUGUUUGCUUCUAUAUUAUUUGUAUUUAACGAUAACUUCAGAUUCCACAACUUAUAAAUAAAUCCAAUUCUGCCACGGA